AUGAAGCCUGUAAUUGAUUUUGAUGAAUGUUUACGAGACUCUCCCAAAUUUAGGGAACAGCUGGAAACAGAAGAAUCAAGUAUUGACGCGUUGGAACAAAAGCUUGAUAAAAUCCUUAAGACAUGUUCUGUUAUGAUAGAAACUGGAAAAACGUACAUGAACCAGAGAAGCAUAUUUACAAAUGCACUAUGGGAUCUGAGUGGUAACUUCUCUGAGGACCCAUCAAUUAUGUCUAUGCUUAAUAGAAUGAUACAUGCUUUGCAAGAGAUGACCAAAUUCCACUCUAUAUUGCUUGACCAAGCAUCAAGGACUAUACUUAAGAAUCUCAGUGCAUUUAUCAAAGUAGAUAUUAAAGGGGUAAAGGAGAGCAAACAUCACUUUGACAAAAUCUCAAAUGACCUAGAUAUUGCUCUGAUAAGAAAUUCACAGGUGUCACGUCACAAGGCAACUGAUGUGGAGGAAGUUGUGAAUCUCCUACUGGCUACAAGAUCUUGUUUCCGUCACACUGCACUUGAUCAUGUUCAGAAGAUUACGAUGCUACAGGCCAGAAAACGACAUGAAAUAUUAGCUACUUUCCUGUCGUAUCUUCAAGCCUGUAGCACCUAUAACCAUCAAGGAGCUGAUCUCUCAGAAGACUUGGAACCCUUCUUGAAAUCUACGGCUGACGAGAUCGCAGUUAUGCGUAACGAUACAAAAUCACUCGACAAGGAGAUGGAGAAUCGGCAUACAAUUGUUAAUAGCAAAGAUACGGUGCUGCCAAGUUGUAAGCCUGGCGAGGGAGAGGGGGAAAAGGAUGGAAUGCUCAACCCACCAUGUCUUAAAAAUAUGCCACGAAUGCAAGGGUAUCUGUUCAAAAGGACCUCGAACGCUUUCAAGACGUGGAAUCGAAGAUGGUUUUAUUUAUAUGACAAUCGACUUGUUUAUAGAAAGAGAACAGGUGAACUAAACGUGACAGUGAUGGAAGACGAUUUGAGAUUGUGUACUGUCAAACUCGUGGUUGAUGGCGAGAGGCGCUAUUGUUUCGAAGUACUUUCACCUUCAAAAAGUCACAUGCUACAAGCAGACUCGGAGGAAAUGCUAAAUCUCUGGAUCCAAGCAUUGCAAAACGGGAUUCGGUCUGCCAUACAGCAGGGACAGAGCAGGGAUAACCCGGACUCGCAACUAGUGUUGGUGCCAGAUACAAGACCUAAUGGAGAUAGAAAUAACGUCGCUUAUCCACUGAUGAAAAAAGUUAGAAUAUGGGAGCAGUUGUUGAGUAUUCCGGGGAACAACUAUUGCUGUGAUUGUGGCAGUGCUAACCCACGUUGGGCGAGUAUCAAUCUUGGUAUCACUUUAUGUAUUGAAUGUUCGGGAAUUCACCGUUCGCUUGGCGUACACGUGAGCAAAGUGCGUUCGCUAACCUUAGAUGACUGGGAACCCGAUAUCAUAAAGGUCAUGGCCGAGUUGGGAAAUAAAGUGGUGAAUCUCAUAUACGAAGCCAACACAGAAGGCUCCACAAUACCUAGAGCGACUCCGGAAUGUGAAACAUCGGUGCGUGAAGCGUGGAUCCGUGCCAAGUACGUGACGUUAUCGUUCGUACGUAACAUCGUGAGUGCGAGCGAGCCUCGACACGAAACCGCGAGAAAUGGACGACGGUGGUCAGUACGAAGAGCGAGGAGACGAGUCCGUGCAUCAACAACAGUGCCAGAGACAAUAAAGGAUGAAAAAAGUGACGUCAAUAGCAAUACAAGUGUUUCAGAGAGUUCAAGCAAGUCGGACGAUAGCCCAGUACUCUUAAUAGGCAAGGAGUUGUCAAGUGAAAGGGCUGUCGACCUCAGUUUGCCUUCAGACCAUGACUCUACAGAGGGGGAAGACGAUGAUCUUGACGCAGAAGACAUAUCCUGCCUAUCAUGCGACGCAGUGUUAUGCCGCGCUGCGCGUGCGCACAACGUGUGCGUAAUGAGAGCCGCGUUGGCCGCAGGCGCAGACCCGACUUGCAGGAACGACAGGCAACGCACGCCGCUGCAUUGCGCCGUGUUGAGCGGAUCGGUAAUGGCCUGUUCGUUUCUAUUGCUCAAUGGCAGCAAAAUCAAUGACCAAGAUGAGGACGGGAUGACUCCAUUACACCUCGCUACCGAAGCUGGUCAUACUGGACAGGUAUGUCUGCUUCUCCGGUACCGCGCAGACCAAGCAAUAGUGGAUAACCAGGGACGGACUCCGCUCGAUAUAGCAGUCGAGCAGGCCAAUGCGGAUAUCGUUACGUUACUCCGCCUCACAAAGCUCAACGAGGAAAUGCGUGAAAGUGAGAUGUCCUCAAACGACGACACGUACAACGAGGUGUUCCGCGACUACACUCAGUUGGCCCACUCCCACCCCGAGAGGCUCGUACGGCCCAGGCAUAACAAUAAUGACGAUGCGUUGCCGCCUUUUGACUACCUUAUUAUUUAA